AUGUCUACUACACAAACUGCCACCGAAACCUCUCAAUUAUCACUAACUGGUGGUACUAUCCAUCACGCCCUCUCAGAUGUUGUCAAGACCAACGAUUGGUCUGACUUCAAAUUUACACCAAUUCGUGAAUCCACCGUUUCAAGAGCUAUGACCUCUCGUUACUUCAAGGACAUGGACAAGUACGCCGUUGCUGAUGUUAUUAUUAUUGGUGCUGGUUCAUCCGGUUUAUCUGCCGCUUAUGUCAUCUGUAAGAAUAGACCAGAUCUAAAAGUUGUCUGUAUCGAAUCCAAUGUUUCCCCAGGUGGUGGUGCUUGGUUAGGUGGUCAAUUAUUUUCCGCCAUGAUUAUGAGAAAACCGGCACACUUGUUCCUGGAUGAAGUUAAUGUUCCAUACGAAGAUGAGGGUGAUUACGUCGUUGUUAAACAUGCUGCUCUGUUUACUUCAACUGUUCUAUCAGAAGUUCUUAAAUUCCCUAACUUUAAAUUAUUCAAUGCAACUGCUGUUGAAGAUUUAGUCACUAGACCAGCUGGUAAUAAUGGUGAAGUUACUGCUGCCGGUGUUGUCACUAACUGGACUCUGGUCACUAUGAAUCAUGACACACAAUCAUGUAUGGAUCCUAAUGUCAUUGAAUUGGCUGGUUACCAAGAUGAUGGUUCCCGUGACACUUCUGCCAAGCACGGUGUCAUACUAUCAACCACUGGCCAUGAUGGUCCAUUCGGUGCUUUUACUGCUAAGAGAAUCGUUCAAAUUGACGGCAAUCAAACCGUUGCUGGAAUGAAAGGUCUAGAUAUGAACCACGCUGAAGCUGCCGUUGUUAAGAUGUCGGGUGAAUAUAAAGGUGUCGGUAACGUUUAUUUCGCCGGUAUGGAAAGUGCUACUCUACAUGGUCUAAACAGAAUGGGCCCAACAUUUGGUGCCAUGGCUGUCUCUGGUAUCAAGGCUGCCGAUGAAAUUCUAAAGCACUUUGCCGCUUAA